CCCACAAACACUUCCUGAGCAAACUGCUGCUUUAUACAGUUGGGGGAAGCUUUAGUGCUGCCUUCUGGUAUAUGAGGCUGUUAAACCCGCCCCUAGACAGUACUCCUAUACACCUGGAUGAGGGUUACCUAUGGAACAGCCAAGGGUAGCAGCAGCAGCAGCAGCAACUGCUGGCUAUCAGCCAGCUGCUCCUGCUCGGCACUCCUGUGUGUACACCAGCUGCUAUUGUGAGGAAAAUGUUUGGAAACUUUGUGAAUACAUCAGAAGUUAUGAUCAAUACCCUUUAGAAGAAUUUUAUGCUGUUUUCAUAUCCAAUGAGAGAAGGAUGAUACCGCUCUGGAAGCAGCAGUCAGGAUGUGGAGAUGAACCUGUGGUUUGGGAUUACCAUGUUAUUUUACUUCAUGUUUCAAGUGGAGACCAGAACUUCAUUUACGAUCUCGACACAGUGUUGCCAUUUCCAUGUCCAUUUGACACGUACAUUGAGGAGGCCUUUAAAUCAGAUGAUAUUCUUCUUCCAGGAUUCAGAAGAAAAAUCAGGCUGAUUCGAGCAGAUUUGUAUCUGAAGACAUUUGCUUCUGACCGAUCCCACAUGAAAGAUGCCCAUGGACACUGGCAGAAGCCUCCUCCUUCCUACCCUUGCAUUGAAACUGCAGCCAGGUUCAAUUUCUUCUCCUCCAGCCUUAUUCCUUCAUUCACUUGAGAUAUUCAUAUCCAUAUGUGUUUGUACCUCAACAGCUACCUAAUGUUCUUAAGCUUGACUUCAGUGGAACUACUCACAUGUUUAAAGUUAGGGACAUGCCUAACUACCUUGAGGCCACAGUCACCAAUGAUUCAACCCCUAAGCUCAGCGUGAACCCUGUAAAUCACUAAAGUUCUACAAAUAAUUCGUUUGAGUUCACUGUAGCUCAAAGUUUGUACUUUGAAGAUAGAAGUGGGACAAGAAACUGAACUCCUUUGCUACUGGUCAAUCAGUAGGUGGCACUCUUCCCUCAGUCAGUAGUGAACUAAUAUUUCAGCACUGUGUUCCAAGGGAACUGUUCUUCUGGAGGGGUCUUUUUUCCCCCCAAAUGAGAGAGAAAACUGAGGGGUUUGACCUCCUGUGAUCAGUAAAGAGCUAAUGGGUGUUCACCCCAGUAUCCCAACCAAAUUCCAGUUGCAGUAACUACAUUCUCUCUGCCAAAAUUCUCCAUACAGUUUCAGUUAGCUAUGGUAUUUCACUUUCUUCAUUAAAUUGCUAACACAUUUCACUCUAGCAUUUACUGCAUUGCAGUGGUCGGCAAGUGGUUCCUGCUUAUUUGUUUUAUAUCCGUUUAUUUGUAAGGAACCAUACCUGUUUUUCUACUUUUGUAUUAGUGUAUUCUUUUUCAUAAUUUAGAGUAGUUGAUUUCCUUACAAAGUCACAGAGAAGACAUUUUUAUAUUAGUACUGUUUGCUGCAUGCUCUGUAUUUUCCCUUGGGAUGUUACUAAAGUGAGCACCUUAUAUGUUUUAAAAUAUAUUUAAAAGAUUGAUACAUUUCGAAAUGUAUCAGUAUUUCUAAAGCACUUAUCACCAUAAUAUUUAGGAAUUGUUUAUACUUAUUAAAGAUGAAGAUCAACAUAGUUUUGCUGCUCUGCUCCUACAAAACAUUUGUA